CAGUAGUAGAGUUGCGAAAUAAAAGAAGCCAUCUACUUAUAUAAACUCCCACUCAAUUCAAUCCAAAGAUGGCACUACAAGCCAGCAGGAUAACAUCCGAGCACAAUUCAGGGAGAGCCUUAUUGCUCUUGCUAGCAAUCUUAUAAUUUAAAGUCGGCCCACUGAGCCCUCACACUACAAGCAAUGUCUAACCAUGAAGAAGAAGGCGCUGAGAGUGCCGAACGGGGCACACGGACUAUACCCGUAAAGCUUGGUGAAGGAACAAUCGAAGAGAUCCAAUUGUGCUUGCGGUUUUCGGCCCCUGAAGGAACGAGCGAGGGUUUAUUGAAGACCGCCAAUGAAGAUAUGCAACGACUAAGCCUCAAAGAAGCUAACAAGGGCUCAUUUAAAAGCGGCGGCCUUUAUAACGACACAGAUGAAAACGUUUCUAUGACUAUCCAAGGGUUGAAUCGCCCCAGCUUCCAGCCCACGCGGCGACUAGGAGAUGGUCUAGAGUUUGAGUGUAGUGGGAAGCUAGCUUCGCAAUAUCAAAGAUUUGCUUUCAACAGCUACGAAAACGAAGGCGAUUGCGAUGAAUACAUUACGCAGAUUGCUGCAGAGGAACUUGAAGAAGACGAUGUUGAAGAGCCAGAGAUUGUGUCUGGCUCUACAGUGAGUCUUGGCGGCGCGGAUGAUUUUGAAAACAUUGAUGAGGAGUCUGCUGCUGAAGAUGAAGACGUCGGUGACGCGAGAAUGCCCAGGCUGCAGGGUUAGGAUUGUUGGGUGGAGGCAGUUAUUGUCCCGAAGUCUCUUUUCCUUUUCUAUUUUUUGCUACCGCUGCAGUUUCCUAUCAUUGUCAAUUACUCUUGUAAUCUUCAAAAUCAGCGUCUACUUUGUCUUCAAGCCUGAAUUAAAAAUUAAAGGAUAGAGCAAAACGUUAGCGGCGCUUGUAUAUAUACAUUAUACAUCAUAUACUACUAAGACAUCUGGG